GGGCCCGGCACUGCGGCGGCAGUGGCAGCGCCAUGGGGCGGGCGGUGUGCCUGGCAGCCUGCGCCCUCAACCAGUGGGCGCUGGAUUUUGAGGGCAACGCCGGGAGGAUCCUCAGAAGUAUUGAAAUCGCGAAGGGCAAAGGAGCCAGAUACAGGCUUGGUCCUGAGCUCGAAAUUUGUGGUUAUGGCUGCUCAGAUCACUAUUAUGAGUCCGAUACACUCUUGCACUCAUUUCAAGUUCUGGCAAAGCUUUUGGAGUCUCCAGUUACUCAAGAUAUUAUCUGUGAUGUGGGAAUGCCUGUUAUGCACAAAAAUGUUCGCUACAAUUGUCGAGUGAUCUUCUUAAAUAAAAAAAUUCUUCUGAUUAGACCGAAAAUAUCACUGGCAAAUGCAGGAAACUAUAGAGAACUUAGAUGGUUUACGCCAUGGAGCAAAGCAAGGCACGUGGAGGAAUAUUUUCUACCAAGGAUAAUUCAGGAAGUGACAGGACAGGACACUGUUCCUUUUGGGGAUGCAGUGCUAGCAACCAAAGAUACCUGUCUAGGGACAGAAAUAUGUGAAGAGCUCUGGGCGCCAAACAGCCCUCAUAUUGAAAUGGGACUUGAUGGUGUGGAAAUUUUCACUAAUUCUUCAGGGAGUCACCAUGUGCUGCGGAAGGCUCAUACCCGGGUGGAUUUGGUGAAUUCUGCUACAGCAAAGAAUGGUGGAAUAUAUAUUUUAGCUAACCAGAAGGGCUGUGAUGGUGAUCGUCUGUAUUAUGACGGCUGUGCCAUGAUUUCUAUGAAUGGAGACACAAUUGCACAAGGAUCUCAAUUUUCACUCGAUGAUGUGGAGGUGCUUGUUGCCACACUGGAUUUGGAGGAUGUUCGAAGUUACAGAGCAGAGAUUUCAUCUCGUAAUUUAGCGGCAAGUAAAGUGAGUCCCUAUCCUAGGAUAAAAGUGAAUUUUGCUCUGUCAUGUUCUGACGAUGUAGCUGUACCUGUUUGUAUGCCAAUCCAGUGGAGACAUCAUAGUCCUGAGGAGGAGAUCUGCCUUGGUCCUGCAUGUUGGCUUUGGGACUACUUAAGGCGCAGCAAACAGGCGGGAUUUCUUCUACCUCUUAGUGGUGGAAUUGACAGCUCUGCUACAGCUUGCAUAGUAUACUCUAUGUGUCACCAGGUUUGCCUGGCAGUCAAGAAUGGAAAUGCAGAGGUGCUGGCUGAUACACGCAAGAUUGUGCAUGAUGAGACCUAUGUCCCUGAGGAUCCUCGAGAAUUUUGCAAGCGUAUCUUUACCACUUGCUACAUGGCUAGUGAGAACUCCUCCCAGGACACUUGCAACAGGGCUAAACUUCUGGCUGAGCAAAUAGGCAGCUAUCACAUCAACCUGAACAUAGAUGCGGCUGUGAAAGCUAUUGUGGGAAUUUUCAGCAUGGUGACAGGUCGAACUCCCUGUUUUUCUGUCUAUGGAGGGAGCAGCAGAGAAAAUCUGGCACUCCAGAAUGUGCAGGCUAGAGUAAGAAUGGUCCUUUCCUACCUGUUUGCUCAGCUGACACUUUGGACUCGUGGGAUGCCAGGGGGACUUCUGGUGCUAGGAUCAGCCAAUGUGGAUGAAAGUCUCAGAGGUUACUUAACAAAGUACGAUUGUUCAAGUGCUGAUAUCAAUCCCAUUGGUGGAAUCAGCAAGUCUGAUUUGAAGAACUUCAUACAAUACUGUAUUGAAAAUUUUCAGCUCACAGCCCUCAGAAGUAUCAUGGCAGCUCCACCUACUGCGGAGUUAGAGCCCCUGGUGGAUGGACAAGUGUCUCAAACUGAUGAGGCAGAUAUGGGGAUGACGUAUGCAGAGCUCUCCAUCUAUGGCAAAUUGAGAAAGAUUGCAAAGGCUGGACCAUACAGUAUGUUUUGUAAGCUGAUUAAUAUGUGGAAGGAAAUUUGUACUCCGAGAGAGGUGGCAUCAAAGGUUAAGCAUUUCUUCAGGAUGUACUCGGUGAACAGACAUAAAAUGACCACCCUCACUCCUUCCUACCAUGCUGAAAACUACAGUCCAGAUGACAACCGAUUUGAUUUGAGGCCUUUCCUUUAUAACACCAGCUGGUCCUGGCAAUUUAGGUGUAUAGAUAAACAGGUGUCUGAUCUAGAAAAAAAGGAAGAAAUUUCUGUAGUCAAAGAUGUCGAAGACUGAUUUGUUCUCUUGUUUAAUGCUGGUAAUUAAUUUAGUAAAUGAUGUUCAAAACUAGAGUAUACUGUGAUGAUGAGUAGAGGUGACCCAAACAACAGUUGAAAUUACCAUUGUAAAUGGUAUUUAUAAUCAAGUCCUUUUUCUUCUUUUUUUUUUUUUUUUGAUUGACUCUGGUUUAUUCCCAAUACACUUAAACCCUAGUUUGGCUAAAGAAUCAUUCAUUAAGGAUUUUCAGUACUACUUCAAUUGAUUGAAAAUACUUGGAUAAGCCCAUCAAAUAUAAAUGCACGGGAGUCUCGUGGAAUUGUAUACACAUACAAAUAUUGAUUUGACUUGAAUAUGAUUUUUAGCAAUACUCAACUGAAAGAACAAAACCUGACAGUUCUGGCAUGUGCUGUUGGGGGGGGGAUCAUUUUACUUUUAAAUAAACUAGUAAUUUUAUAGUAAUAAUUUACUCGGUUCUUAUUUCACAUGGCUUUUAUGUAUCUAGCAUUAGCUAUGUAGAGUGGCCCAGUGUUUAAGUAGCUUUGUGAGGAUUAAUUGAGCAAGGUAUCGGAAACAUGUCCAACUUGAAGCAUAUUGGUAAUGUCCUUAUUAAUGGCAUCCAAACUAGAGUUCAGCUUUUUGUUUUGCAUUUACUUGCUGUGUAACUAGUGACAAUUCAUUUCAAAACCUCUGAUUUCAUUUCCUCAGAGAGGAGUAAUACCUACUUUGCACAAAUGUUCAAAGAUUGUUUAAUGGUUACCGCUCUUUUUCAGCUGGACUUUAAGGACGUUGAAUAAAGUUGGCAUGGUGUCAGACA